GUGGACAAGCAGUCGAUUACUCAGAACUGUGUGGAUUUCAUCAGAAAUUUGAGUCCUGUGGAAUUUUCGGGAUAAUGAUGGAAAUCAGCUGUUUCGAGGGCUGACGGUACUUCAAGGACGUAAUUAAUUGGGAAGAAGUGUCAGUGGAUAUUAGGAGUUGUUGAAUCAUCAAUUGUAAACAAAAAUGUCUCACCGUUUCUCAUUGGCCCGUCGUGCCCUCGCCCCUUUUUCCCGCGCAUUCGGGAGUUCCCCUGUCACCCUAGCCUACAAACCAGGAGACGAAAUUUCAAACUUUAAAGUAACCGAAGUAUCAAAAGUCCCAGAGAUGCACGUAGAGGCAAUCCGUCUGACUCACACCCCCUCAGGUGCCCAGUACCUGCACCUGAAUCGCGACGACCUGAACAACGUCUUCUGCAUCGGCUUCAGGACGAUUCCCCUGGACUCGACAGGUGUCCCCCACAUUCUGGAGCACAUGACACUCUGCGGAAGCGAUAAAUACCCGAUUAGAGAUCCGUUCAUGAAAAUGCUUCACCGAUCUCUCGCGACAUUCCUCAACGCAAUGACCGGACCUGACUACACCAUCUACCCAUUCUCAACCCAAAAUCCAAAAGACUUCCGCAAUCUCCAAUCGGUCUACGCCUCCUCGGUAUUUUCCCCGCGUUUGCGGCACUUGGAUUUCCUCCAGGAAGGCUGGAGACUCGAGCACUCAGACUUGAGUUCAAACUCAUCUCCGAUAAUCAUCAAAGGAGUGGUAUACAACGAGAUGAAAGGGGUAUUCAAUGAGAAUCAGACAAUCUUCGCGGAGAAACUGUUGAAUUCGCUCCUUCCGAGUCACACGUACGGCGUCUGCUCCGGAGGACUUCCCCUGGAGAUUCCAAACCUGACGCACGAUUUCUUGAAAGACUUUCACUCGAAGUACUAUCACCCCUCGAGCUCCAAGAUCUUUUCCUACGGGAAUUUUCCGUUUGAGGAGCACUUGAAGUUCAUGGAUGAGAACUAUUUGUGUGCCCGAGGGAAGAUUGACACCUCCAGGUCAAUGGUCCCCACGGAGAAGCGGUGGGAGGCACUCAGGCGAGAACAUAUCGCUUGCAAGAUCGAUCCGAUGGCUCCGGACGCCUCCAAACAGAGCUCAAUAGCUAUUGGACAUGUUUGCAAUGACAUCAAGGACAUUCAGACAUCCUUGGAGCUCCACAUUCUGUCGGAGCUACUGCUGAAGGGCCCCACGAGCGCCUUCUACAAGGGCCUCAUCGAGACAAAUCUUGGAAGUGGAUUUGGCCCGUUCACAGGGUACGACUCACAAUGUCGAGACGCUCUCUUUGUCGUGUCCCUCCAAGGGGUGGACCCCCAGGACUUCCAGAAGAUUGAGAAAGCCUUUGACAAAAUCCUCGAGGGGGUGAUCUCUGAAGGAUUCGAUAAGGACCACGUGGAGGCUGUUAUUCACUCAAUCGAGUUGAGGAACAAGCAUCAGUCGUCAAACUUUGGGAUGAAUCUGCUCUUCAGCGUAUUUCCGUUGUGGAAUCACGAGGGGGAUAUCGUCGAGAGCCUGAGAAUCAACAAGUCCCUGAAAAAAUUCAAAGACAAGCUUCAACAGGACCCGAAAUACCUGACGAAUCUAGCGGAGAAGUAUCUUCUGAAGAACAAUCACAGAUUGAUUCUCACUAUGAGCCCUGAAGAGGACUACGACCAGAGGAUAGCCGAGGCUGAGGAGAAUCUCAUUAAACGGAAGAUUGAGGAGCAGACACCUGAGGAACUCGACAAGAUCUUCGAGACUGGACAGGUACUCCGGGAGGAUCAGGAAAAGAAAGAGGAUUUGAAUAUAUUGCCAACAUUGAAGACCGAAGACCUCAAGGCGGACGUCGAUCGUUACAAGUUGAGCGAUGUCGCUGUCUCUGGGAUUCCCCUCCAAGUGUCGAUUCAACCGACCAAUGGUGUCCUCUAUUACAGAGGAAUCCUCGAUACGAAAGAUUUGUCAUCAGAGCUCAAGGAAUUGCUGCCGUUAUUCAACGACGUCGUAGCUCGAAUGGGAACGCAGGUCCAUGACUACAGGACCUUCGAUCGUCUCUGCUCGUUGAAGUCUGGGGGCUUGGGCUUCUCCACGCACAUCAGCGAGGACAAGAGCAAGCUGAACAAAUUCAGCGAGGGAAUUAUGAUGUCUUCUUACUGCUUGAUGAGAAACACGUCGGACAUGUGGAAACUCUGGGAGGAGCUCUUCAACAAAGGAACGCUUGACGAUAUCAAACGUUUUGAGAAUCUCGUCAAGAACUCAGCGGUGGAUCUAUCAUGUGGAAUUGCGGACUCUGGGCAUCACUACGCUAUGAGCUCAGCUGCCGCUCUCGUGUCCUCCUCUGCGGAGCUCAAGGAGAAACUAGCGGGUCUCGAAUUCGUGUCGAGGAUGAAGAAGCUGUCACAGCUGAAGGAUUUGUCGCCUGUUCUCGAGAAAAUCCAAGAGAUCAGACAUGUCGUUAUGGACAAGCGACGACUUAGGUCGGCUGUCAAUUAUUCCGAAGAUCCCGAUUGUCCGGAUGUUGUUGGUAGUCUUCAGAGGAACUUCUAUGACUCGCUGAAGAGUUCUGAACUGUCCAAACAGAUUCAAAACUGUAGUGAUGCUGAUUUGACCGGACAGGUGUCCGGGGUACAUCACGUUAUGCCUUACAACACGAAUUACACCUCGAAGGCAGUUCUGACAGUGCCUUAUGGACAUCCUGAUUAUCCAGCCUUGAGGAUUCUCGGAAAACUCAUUUCCUCGGUUUACCUUCUACCGGAGGUCAGAGAGAAGGAAGGGGCUUAUGGAUCUGGUGCCUCGCUGUCAACGGAAGGUGUCUUCAUGUUCUUCUCAUAUAGAGAUCCCAACAGCACCAAGACUUUUGACACUUUUGACAGGACCUGUGAUUUCUUGAAGACUUUUGACUUCAAGGACAAUUAUCUGAACGAGGCCAAGCUGGGGGUCUUCCAGCAAAUCGAUGCACCUGUUGCUCCUGGAAACAGGGGACUUCUCAGAUUUACUCAUGGCAUCACCGAGGAUGAUGUUCAGAGGCAGAGGAUUCUUCUUAAAGCGGUGACUAAGGACGACGUCGUUAAGGUCGCGGAGAAGUACCUCGGCGAGGGCAAGGAAACGGCUAGGGUCGGCAGAGCUAUUAUUGGAGGGAUCAAUAAGGAGCUGAUGGAGAGGAGGAGCCAGAACUGGAGGGUCGUCGAUCAGGAGGAAGAGGAGCAGAAGCUGCAAGCCGCUGUGUGAUGAGAUGAUUAUGAUUGAUGUAAAUAAAGAGGAAAAUUGAAUUGAAAGACUUUUGGGAAGAACGCGGGUAAUUUAUUAGUGAAGGUCAUUAUAUUUAUUUAUAAAUUAUGUGAUUCCCCUAGUUGACCAACUGUUCGAUUAAAACUUCUGAUUGGCUGGUUAA